CUUAAAUAUUGGUACAAGCUUCAGCUAUGCUCUGCAGUUCGCAUGAAAACAAGCCUGCUAGUUAACUAUGUCUAAAGUUACCUCUUCUUCGUUUACUGACACUACUGAUUUCGAUAAUGCGAGUCGAGGCUUUAUCGCUGCUCUUGAACCCUGCAUAGUCAGAAAUCACGAGGACCACGUUAUCUGGAACAAUGAGGAAUACGACUUUCUCAAAGGUUCGUGCCCGCCAUCAGCCAACCCGAGCCUCUGGCGCCAAGCCCAACUUUGUCGUCAGCAGGGCCUCUACCAAGUCACAGACGGUAUCUACCAAAUCCGUGGAUUUGAUCUGUCCAACAUGACGGUUAUCGAAGGAAAACAAGGUAUAAUUGUCAUUGACCCUCUAAUCUCUGUGGAGUGUGCGGCAGCUGGUCUCAAACUCUACCGCGAACACCGUGGAAACCGACCCGUCACUGGAUUGCUCUACACGCACCCGCAUGGCGACCAUUUUGGUGGCUUUGUGGAACAUGCUGUAGGGGAGAAUAUCUUUGUCGGCAACGCGAUGGCUCGCCGUGCAGUGUAUAUGUAUGGGAAUGAGCUCAAGAAAGGACCAGAGGGCCAGAUCUCCACAGGGCUUGGCAGCACCAUAUCCACCGGCACAACUACACUGAUUCCGCCAACUCUAGAAAUUACUAAGACUGGUCAGGAAGAGGUUGUUGAUGGCGUGCGUUUCAUAUUUCAGAUCACACCAGGAACGGAAGCGCCUUCCGAGAUGAACUUCUAUAUUCCCGAACGCAAGGCUCUAUGUAUGGCUGAAAAUGCUACUCAUAACCUCCAUAACAUCUUAACUCUACGAGGGGCAGUGGUCCGUGAUGCCCAGGCCUGGUCGAGCUACUUAGAUGAGGCUAUUGUUCUUUUUGCCCAUGAUGCAGACGUCUCCUUCGCCUCGCACCACUGGCCUACUUGGGGUCGCGAAGCAAUUACCCAAUAUCUCUCAGAGCAGUGA